AUGAAGACGUCACUCGCCACCCUCUCGUCUUUCGCGACGCUCACAAGCGCUGCACGUCUGCUGCUACAAAUCCCGAACUCGGUCCUUGUCAAUCCGUCCACGCUCCCCUCGACCACGCACGCAACGCUCCAGUCCUCCGGCCCGCCCCUUGAUGCCUAUCUCACGCGCUCCAACACGUUCAACUUCAACAAUGUGAGCGCCGGAAGCUACCUUGCUACCGUGCAUUGCCGCGACUAUGCGUUCGAGCCAUUGAGGAUUGAUGUCACCGUGGAAGAGGCGGCAGAGGGCAGCGGGGAGAAGAAGGAGAUGAUCAGGGCAUACCAGACCUUCCUGGGUAACGAAUGGGACAACAAGGGAGAGAGCCGCGGCGAGGGCGGUAGCGGUUUGGUGGUUGAAGCCAGGCCGGUAGGAACCAAGUACUUCUACCAAGAGAGGCAAGGCUUCUCACCGCUGUCAUUCUUGAAGAAUCCUAUGAUUCUCAUGGCGAUAGUGUCCAUGGGCCUCAUCUUCGGCAUGCCCAAACUGAUGGAGAACAUGGACCCCGAGAUGAAGGAAGAAUUCGAGGAGAUGAAGAAGAACGGCGUCCUGGGCUCCGGAAACACCAACACUGCAUCGCAGUUACAGAACUUUGACCUCGCCUCGUGGAUGGCCGGUAAGACCGACUCGGGCAGCGCGAGCGCACGUACACAGAGUCCUGCAGGGCAGACGAAGAAACGAUAG